GAGGUCCAAACAUAUGGGCCAUCACCUCUGAAGAGCGGGCCAAGCAUGACAAGCAGUUUGAUAGCCUUAAACCCACAGGAGGCUACAUUACAGGUGAUCAAGCACGUAACUUUUUUAUGCAGUCGGGUCUACCAGCUUCAAUCCUUGCUGAAAUAUGGACACUAGCAGACCUGAACAAGGAUGGAAAAAUGGAUCAACAGGAGUUCUCUAUAGCCAUGAAACUCAUCAAGCUGAAAUUGCAAGGACAGCACUUGCCUGCAGUUCUCCCUCCUGUCAUGAAACAAACUCCAGUAUUUUCGCCGCUAAUGUCAGCUCGCUUCGGAAUGGGUAGUAUGCCAAAUCUGUCCAUGCCAACGUCUGUGUCUUCGAUCACACCGUUAGCUAACAUGUCUCUAACCUCCAUGACUUCCAUUCCUCCUUUGGUUAUGUCCACUCCCCUGGUGCCUUCUGUCAGUAUGUCCUCGCUGCCAAAUGGAACAUCUAGCCUUCUACAGCCUUUGUCCACACCUUUCUCUUUAACACUGCCUCAUACUGGUUCUUUAGGUCCCAUGGCAGGAGGGUUUGGUGGCACUAGUAUACAGAAGGCACAGUCACUAAUCGAUUUAGGAUCUAGCAGUUCAAAUUCUUCCUCUAGUGCUUCACUAACUGGGAAUUCACCAAAGAUUGUAUCCUCGGACUGGGCGGUCCCUCAGGCCUCCAGAUUAAAAUACAGACAGAAAUUUAACAGUCUUGAUAAAAGUAUGAGUGGAUAUUUAUCAGGAUUUCAAGCAAGGAAUGCCCUUCUGCAAUCAAACCUUUCACAGACUCAGUUGGCUACUAUUUGGUCACUAGCUGAUAUUGAUGGAGAUGGACAGCUGAAAGCUGAUGAGUUUGUGUUAGCCAUGCAUCUAACAGAUAUGGCCAAAGCUGGGCAACCUCUGCCACUGACUCUGCCUCUUGAACUGGUACCACCUUCUUUCAGGAGUGGAAAACAUACUGAAAGUAUAAAUGGAACUCUGCCAUCUUACCAGCCUGUGCAAGAGGAGGAGCCACAGAAAAAACAACCAG